GAGACCACUGCGCAGUGCGCACAGGUGAUAGAACAGUCGGUGCCACCCGCUCGCGGUGGAAAACAUGGGAAAACUCCAAGAAUUCGACAUAACUUUGAAAGACAAUAAAGUUGUUUAUAGUCCCGGGGAGUCAAUUUCAGGCACUCUGAAAAUCACAACCACCGAAGCGCUGCUAUGUAAAGAUAUCAAAGUGAAUUGCCAAGGCUUCUGUGGUGUCACCAGCAAGAGCAAUGACACAGCCUGGACAGAUGAAGAGCAGUACUUCAGCAGCACUCUCUCUGUGGCAGAUAAAGGAACCCUGAAACAGGGAGAUCACAGUUUUCCAUUCAAGUUUCUCAUUCCAGCCUCUGUUCCCACAUCCUUUGAAGGAAACUAUGGAAAGGUUAUGUACAGAGUGAGGGCUUUCAUUGACACUCCUCGCUUCUCUAAGGACUAUAAGACUGAGAAGCCUUUCUACCUGCUGAGUCUCCUCAACCUCAAUGAUGUACCUGACAUCAAUGGACCUAGUUCAUCUUCCGUUACUAAGAAGUUCACCUACCUGCUGGGGGUAAAGACAGGAACUGUGGUGCUGAAGGCCCAUAGUGACAUGAAGGGCUACACACCUGGUCAGGUCAUCCAACUGACCACAGAGAUCCACAACCAGUCUGGGAAAACCACAGGGACUGUGAUAGCCUGUCUAAUGCAGAAAGUGACUUACCAGACAAAGAAGCCUACCAUUGACUUGAGGACUUUAGUGCAGGUGGAGGGUUCUGGGGUGAAGGCUGGCAAACAGGUUGAGUGGAAGGAGCAGAUUAUCGUACCUCCUCUGCCCCAGUCAUCUCUGGCUGGCUGUGGUCUAAUAAACAUGGAAUACUUUAUUCAAAUCUCUCUGAAAUCUCCUGAGGCUUCGUUUUUGUUGCCCAUCCACAUUGGAAACAUCUCAGUGGAUACCACGUCAGCACAACCCUCCAGACCCCCUCCGACCACCGAUCCUGCUCGCUCCUCCGCAAAGCCUACCAAGCUAGAAAACAGCAGACGCUCUGAGCCAUCCUCCCAAUACCAAGGAACUCCUACUACUACCCCUGCCCCCCGCCCAGCCCCAAAACCUGUUCCCAGGAUCAGAGUCUCCACUUCCGCCCCUGCCUCCCCCAGCGCCCCUCCAGCUGAGAUGGACUAUCUGGCCAUGGGGGCCAGGGGGCAGGCGACCGAGGCCCUCCCUACCGAGAGCCACUCCCAGCUAGCUGCCUUGAGCCCUCAGGCCACUGUCUCCCCCAGUGCCUUCAGCUAUGCCCCAGGCCUCACCUUCUCCCAGAACCAGUCCCGGAGUGACGCCUCAAACACAUCGGGACCUUUGUUCUGUGUGUCCACAGGGGCCACCAUCCCAUUCUUCUCUGAGGGCAGUGCCAACCCCAUGCCUACCCUCUACCCACUCCUGCCUCCAGAGUACAGCCCCUCAACACUCCCACAUGAGGCUCUUCCCAGCUAUGUGGAGAGCUGUAGCAGCAACACAUAAACAAUGUCAUGACACGGUACACUGAACAUGACAACCAACCUCUCUACUACUGGAUCAUGCUGCCAGAUAGCCCUCUUAAGUACAUCAGCCCAGGUUAAUCAACACCUUUUUAUGACUACUGAUUGCUUUCACACAAUUUUUGCACUUUCAGGACAGUAAUGUGUUUUUACGUAAACAGUUUUUAUAGCUGGAGACAAGUUUUAAAAGUUAAGUCAGGGUAAUUUAGAAUUAGUUUAGAAUAUGUUGAAAUGGCAUCUGUGAUGUUUGAAACCAAGUGAAGAUCCAUAAAGUCCACUAGCAACUACCCAGGCUAUGUUUUAUGUAACCUGUAUGUUUAUUUGUUUUCACUUAACUGUCUAUUCAUAGUGAAUUGUCUAUGUUCUAUAUCAAAUAAUGUUGUAUGCAUAGGAAAUACAGUACCUUGAUAAUCUACAAUGCACAACCUAAUAAAAUUGUGUUGUAUGUUUCACCA